AACAGCCCUGGCUUGAACACCAGCACUACCUAACGCUUCAUAUAUCUGCAGCCAUCGCCGUUUUACGGGCACGUGUAGAAGUACAAAAUUUCCACUCUUAAUUGACUGUACAUCUGUGUCCGAAGGCAAAUACAAAUGGAAUCCGAAUCGUUCUACGGUUUUACGCUCAGCGAGAAAGAGCCCAUUGCACAGUUCGACGUUCCUGAUAUUCCGGAGGAGUAUGUGGUCCACUCACACAAGCUCAUCAUCAAACAGAUUUCCCUCGGGCCCGAGGCAAAGUCCGGCGAAUUCAACGUGGUGCAGGCCGAGACAAACAUAAACGACGAUGGGGAGACGGUGAAGAUUCCCAUUGCCGUCCUGAAAGUGGGCGAAACCCGUAGCUUAAGGCCAAAUGUUGAAUUCCCCAACGGAUCCGUGACAUUCAAGCUGGUGCAGGGCACUGGACCCGUCUAUGUCUGUGGCAAGACGGAGAUGAAUUUCGGAGAGUUCAACGAUGGUGAAAUUUACGAAGAGUAUUCUGAUGAGGAGGAUGACAGCGAAUUGGAAUUUGACGAGGAUGCAGCUCCACAGACGAAUGGAAAGAGCAAUAAAAAGAAGUAAAAUACAAUGAAACCAUUAAGCUAACGAUAUGAUAACAAAAAAAUAAAAAUCCUGAACGAAAAAACAAAA